UCAAGGGCAAAGAGGACAUUUGCCUUAUUCUGAGCACUGUAGUACACUGGGUAUUGUUGGCUGGGGGUGCAUAUCGCAGGGGAGGCAAAGAGCACAACCACCAUUUGAGAGCUGCAGUUUGAAAUACAGCAAGAAGCAAAGGACAUUUUCAAAGAAGAGAUUGGAAGUGAAGAAUUUAAAUUUCUGACAGAACUUUGCAAAAGGCUCAGUGAAAGGGAAGGGGGUGACAGAGCGUGGUGGAAGAUUGGGUUAGAGCAGUAAGCAUCAAGAUGUAUUGAGGCAAGAAUCUAAAGAUGAUGGAAGAUGUAAGAGACUUGGACUUCUAGGGACACCUAGAAGUUCUCUGUCUUCAGGAAAAUUAAGUCGCCCCUGUCUCCCCUAAAGCAGAACCCACUAUGGUUCUUCUCUUCUCACCCUCCAGAGUCACAUUAGACAGGAGGGUUAACUGAAUGAACUAAUGAAUAAAUAUAUGACUCUCAUAAAAGAUAAAGGAAGAUUGAUGCCAGAAGAAAAGGAUGGAGGCAGAAAUUCAUUGGAAAAUCAGAAGGCAGGAACAUUUUUAUUGAGAAGUAGAAGAGCAAAGUGGAAAGACCAGAAUCUGGAGUCAACAGAUACGGUUGAGUCCCCAACCCGCCACGUACUAGCUGUAGGUCUUUAGGAAAGUCCUACCUCCUGUCUGCAUAUCACUGGCCUCGUCUGUCACGUAGACCUUUCCUCCUCAGGAGAGUUUGAGCUUCAAAUGACAGUCAAUGCUUUGGGGCUCCUGUACUUCUACUGUAGCACAUACUGCAUAUUCCUCUUGGAAACUGGGUGGAGCUAUACACAUAAAGGGUAACAACAGAGACAGGAGAAAUAUAACAGGCUCCAUGUCCUCUCUAAUACCCAGCCCUCUGCCCUCUUGCCAAUACCCAUUCCCAACCACUAAAGGGCUACUAAUAAAAGAUUCAUUCCUUUUGGUUUUGAAAGAUUUUUCUUAUUUUGCUAAUAUAUUAAAAUAACAGCAACGAAAUCCACCAACGAACUCCUGGACCACCAAGGAGAAUAACUCAGAUGAGGAGCCGGGAUCCCAGACAAGCCAGGUGGGGUUACCUCAGGGUGUGUUACAACAAGCAACGUCACAGCCUCCUGAGGUGGCUGGGCAUAAAUAAGGCUGCCACAAGAGCCAGAGAAAGGAGGAGUCAGAACCAUCGAUUCCCACACAUCCGCAGGAGCAGGGCAGCUAUGUACACGUUGGAGACAUGAUGUUUUUCUUUGACUCGCUCAUGUUCUGAACGAGACCUUUGGACCAGUUUUAGAAGCCAACUGAGCCUUGAUAAGCAGGGGUGGGGCUUCCGAGGCAGGAGUCUCAGGGCUCUAUAAAGCCCGACUGGGCACCACUGGGCAUCUCUCCCAAAGACUGUGAAUUUCUGGAUUUCUGCUUGCUCCUCUGAAAAUGCAACGGCUGUUGACUCCAGUGAAGCGGGUCUUGCAAGCGAAAAGAGUGACGCAGGAAGCUUCCCUCAUGCCUGCUCGCCUUCUCCCAGCAGCCCACCAAAGGUUUUCUACAGUCCCUGCUGUCCCCCUGGCCAAAACAGGUACUUGGCCAAAGGAUGUGGGAAUCCUUGCCCUGGAGGUCUAUUUCCCAGCCCAAUAUGUGGACCAAACAGAUCUGGAGAAGUAUAACAAUGUGGAAGCAGGGAGGUACACAGUGGGCUUGGGCCAAACCCAUAUGGGCUUCUGCUCAGUCCAGGAGGACAUCAACUCCCUGUGCCUGACGGUGGUGCAGCAGCUGAUGGAGCGCACACAGCUCUCAUGGGACUCUGUGGGCCGGCUGGAAGUGGGCACUGAGACCAUCAUCGACAAGUCGAAGGCUGUCAAAACAGUGCUCAUGGAGCUCUUCCAGGAUUCCGGCAACACUGACAUUGAGGGCAUAGAUACCACCAAUGCCUGCUAUGGUGGCACUGCCUCCCUCUUCAAUGCUGCCAACUGGAUGGAGUCCAGCUCCUGGGAUGGUCGUUACGCAUUGGUGGUUUGUGGAGACAUUGCAGUCUAUCCCAGUGGUAAUGCUCGCCCCACAGGUGGGGCCGGAGCCGUGGCAAUGCUGGUUGGGCCCGAGGCCCCUCUAGCCCUGGAGAGAGGGCUUAGGGGAACACACAUGGAGAAUGUAUAUGACUUCUACAAACCAGAUGCGACCUCAGAGUACCCAAUUGUGGAUGGGAAGCUCUCCAUUCAGUGCUACUUACAGGCCUUGGACAGAUGUUACACAACAUACCGUCAAAAAAUCCAGAACCAGUGGAAGCAAGCUGGCAUCGAUCGACCUUUCACCCUUGAUGAUUUACAGUUUAUGAUCUUUCACACACCCUUCUGCAAGAUGGCCCAGAAAUCCCUGGCUCGCCUGAUGUUCAAUGACUUCCUGUCAGCCAGCAGCGACACACAGACCAGCCUCUAUAAGGGGCUGGAGGCCUUCAGGGGGCUAAAGCUGGAAGACACCUAUACCAACAAGGACAUGGAUAAAGCACUUCAAAAGGCCUCCCUGGACAUGUUCAACAAGAAAACCAAGGCCUCGCUUUACCUCUCCACGCACAAUGGGAAUACGUACACCUCAUCUCUGUAUGGGUGCCUGGCCUCACUUCUGUCCCAGCACUCUGCCCAAGACUUGGCUGGCUCCAGGAUUGGUGCCUUCUCUUAUGGCUCUGGCUUGGCAGCAAGUUUUUUUUCAUUUCGAGCAUCCCAGGAUGCUUCUCCAGGUUCCCCCUUGGAGAAGCUGGUAUCCAGUGUAUCAGACCUGCCAAAACGCCUCGCCUCUCGGAAGCGUAUGUCUCCUGAGAAGUUCACAGAAAUAAUGGACGAAAGAGAACACUUCUACCACAAGGUGAAUUUCUCACCACCUGGUGACACAAACAGCCUUUUCCCAGGCACUUGGUACCUGGAGCGAGUGGAUGAGCUACACCGCAGAAAGUAUGCCCGGCGUCCAGUCUAAAGAUCCGUGGAGCGGUUCCUGGGAAAAGUCUCUGCCCUCAAUCCUAUUAAAAAUCCUACUCUUAGCUGGCAAAUAGAUUGGAUUGGACACAGAAGACCCCAUAAGCCCUGGCCCUGUAGAGUGAGCAGGUCCUUCAUGCCUUUCCCUGCUGCAGCCACAGCCACUGGCUGGGGGUGCUGGAGGGGCCCUUCGUGAAAGAAGGAGAUGGAGGAAUGGAGAGAAGGCUGACCUCCAGAAAUGUGACAGGUCAGUUGUCUCCUUCAAGAUCCAGAUGAUUUGCCUAUCAUUUGUUACAGCUUUCUUACUAUUAUUAUUAUUAAAUCUCUGUGCUGUUAUAUCUUUAUUUCUUAAGGUUUUCUGUGAAUUUCUAAAAUUUAUAUCUUGUA